AUGCCCAGCACAGAACUCCCCUGGGUCCUCGCUAACCCUAUACUGAUCCAUACCCUCUCCGUUGCCGCCGUGGGUGCUGCUAGCUGUGACUCUCUCAGGAUACUCAGCCUGGUGAAACCUUCGCCAUCGCAGGUACACUACGAGAGCACAACACCUGAUGCUCCUGUCCACCUCGUCAUCUCACCAGUAGACAACACCAAUGAUGUUCACCAUGGCCUUCCCAUCGCCGGCUCUAUCGGCAUAGUUGCUCUUGUAGCUUAUGGUUAUACCGCCCAUCUACCAUUGGUAGGAGCUGUCUUGACCUGGACCUACUCUUCCAACAUUCGGAUGAAUCGCUUAAAGAUGGGAUCUACCAUCCUCUCUAUGCUUGGUGCGCUGGCGGUAUCUUGCAUCGUGGUAGGCGGCGUUUUUGCUGUUCUCUGGGGUCUCGGCACAUGGAACGAUGAGCCGAACAAAAAGCCGCCCUUGGAGGAUCCCGUUCUUAGUGAUUGGGUAACGAAUCUCAAUGCUUUCUACCUGUGCCUAAUUACCUUGACUCACCCAGGUCUCAUAAUCACCAUGACUUACCGAUUUGAGUACUCUCAACUCGCCAACCAACUCACAUUGGCAGAAGACGAUCAAGACAAAGAGGAUUCCUUUUCAGGUGUGACUAGCGUUGCACCAGUGUGCAUCCCUGUCGACUAUCCAUCCUUCCCUUGCCCAAUCACCAUCACUUCUCUUCUAUUCCUCUUUCUCUGCCUUGCCGCCAUGGACCUAACCUUGGGCAAGAACAUCGAAUAUGUCUCUCCGUUCCCUGCGCUUGUUGUCAUAUUCGUAGUCCCGUUCUUUACAGCUGUGGCUGCUGCUCAGCAGGGCAAGUUUGGGGAAUGGUGGCGUUACCAAGAGACGUGGGUCCCCCCAAAGCAGGAUGAUGAGGAUGAGCCUCGAUUGUGA